AUGGAAACAAGAUCCAAGAGGAACGUCGCGUCAAACCGUGAUUCCGAGGAUAACGAAAUGGACGAACUGGCUAAAGCUGUAGAGACGUUACGUCGUUCCGGGAUGUUUAAAGUUGAACCAAGGGUGGACGGUGAAGACGUUUUAUUUGAAACUCAGGGUCGUUUAGCUUCUCCGGGACGAGGGAUAUUUCGAGGAAUACAGCGAUUUGACUGUGAAAAUGAUGUGUUGGACACGCAGGGUCGUUUGGCUUCUCCGGGACAAGGGGUAUUUCGAGGAAUACAGAGAUUUCCCCGCGAUCCUAUGCCUCCUGGACACCUACGAUUUUCUGAAGGAGCUCCGCGGACAUCUACACCUGGUGCACCGGGACGCUCGCGAUUUCUUGACGCACAAGUUUUUCCGCAACCGCCAAGACUAUCUACGUUUUCUGGCUUGGCGCGCGAUGUGGCUUUCGAUGUUUGGUUGUUCGAAGUUAAAUGCCUAAUAAAGGAUGGGUUAUAUCCAAAAGAUCUUAUCGCCCAAACCGUACGUCGCUCACUCAAGGGUGAAGCUGGACGAUUAGCCAUGCAUUUGGGCGAGGAAGCUUCGGCGGAGGACAUCAUACAAAAGUUGGAAAGAGUGUAUGGCGUKGUGGAAAGCGGAGCGACAGUGCUGCAGCGUUUUUACAACAGUCGACAAGAAGAUAACGAAGAUGUAGCAGUUUUUGGCUGUCGWCUAGAAGAUACUCUCAGUACYGCUAUUGAUCGUGGCGUGGUAUCUAAGCGGCAAGCCGAUGAAAUGCUGAUGAAUAAAUUUUGGACGGGAUUGAAGGAGGAACGGGUCAAAAACAUUGUUAGACAUCGUGUCGAUCUUAUGAGAGAUUUUGAUUCACUUCUAGCCGAGGUACGUGCUGCUGAGCAGGAAGUCCGCGAGACUGAUAAGUUGUGGGGUAAAUCGAGGCGAACWCAGGCCGUAYACUUGCMGUUACAGGACCGAGCAGAGGCCAACUACACACCGGUGGUCAAUUCUAAAGAAAUGGCAUCCAUGCAAGCGACUAUUCAAGAAGUGAUGAAAAAGGUUACCGCAUUAGAGGCACGUAUGAAUCAGCAGCCGAAAAUUAAUGGAAAAUUAGAGGAAAUUUUAGCCAGACUGGAUCAGCUAGAAAUUGAGAGAGAAAAGAAGAGUGCCAAUGGAAAUUCGUCUUCAAAUGAUGGAAACARACAACCUUCUGAGCGUCAGUUAAACUACAGGGGACCUGCGCCGAGGGGCAGGCGAUAG